UCCCUAAUGGCUUCUAUCAGCUUAUUAGAAGCAUCAUUAUCUCUUUCCUGCUUUCUCAUCAUCCUCUGUUACUUUCUCAACAAGAAACAUUCUGGUUACCUUCUCAACAAAAGAAGCUACCCAUGGAACUGGCCUGUUCUUGGGAUGCUUCCAGCUCUGUUCUUGUGGUCACAACGGAUCGAUAUUUUCAUCUGGGUCUUAGAGAAGAGCAACUUAACAUUUCUAUUCAAAGGUCCAUGGUUUGCUAGAAAAAUGGACGCCUUAAUCACCGUUGAUCCAGCCAACAUACAUCAUAUAUUGACCUCAAACUUCUCCAACUACAUCAAAGGACCAGAGUUCAACGAGAUAGUAGAAGUCUUCGGAGACCCGCUCUUCGCUACCGACUCAGAGCUAUGGAAGAAUCUAAGAAUGUCUUCUCUCGUCAUCCUCAAUCGUCAAGGUUUCCAAAACUUGUCAUUAAAUGUCACAACAAGUCAACUCAAGAACGUGCUUCUUCCUCUAUUCAGUCACUAUUCAGAGGAAGGCACAGUGGUGGACUUGCAAGAUGUGUUCCGGAGAUUCAUGUUCGAUAUAUCCUUAGUUUUAGUAUCCGGUUCUGAUCCUCAGUCUCUCUCCAUUGAAAUGCCGGAAGAUGAGCUGGCAAAAGCCUUUGAGGAUGCUGGGGAAGCCAUUGUGUUUAGGGUUAUGAUGCCAAGAUUCUUGUGGAAGUUGCAAAACCGGUUUGGACUGGGAAAGGAGAAGAAGCUGAUAGAAGCGGGUAAGACAUUUGAUAGAGUGUGCGCAAAAUACAUAGCUGCAAAGAGAGAAGAGAUCAUAAGAUCACAACAAGGGAUUGGUCAUGAUCAUGUUCAUUUAGAUGGAGAAAGUGAAGAAGAUCUUUUAACGUAUUACAUAAAUCUAGAUACAAGCAAAUACGAGCUCUUGGAUCCAAGCGAUGAUAAGUUUCUUAGAGACAGCAUUUUAGCUAUCAUUAUGGCAACGAGAGAUACUACUUCCAGUGCUCUCACUUGGUUUUUCUGGCUCCUCUCGAAAAACCCUAACGUGGAAGACAAGAUUCGCAACGAGAUCAACGCAAAUCUACCGGAAGGUAGUCAAGAGAGGCCAAUAUGGUCGGCUAUCGAACGCAGAGAGUUUUUGAACAAGUUGGUUUAUCUACAUGCAGCUUUGUAUGAAACGAUGAGGCUUUAUCCACCACUUCCUUUCGAGCGCAAGACUUCUGUAAAAUCAGAUGUACUUCCAAGUGGUCACAAAGUGGAUGCAAACUCUAACGUUAUCUUCCUUAUCUAUGCGUUAGGGAGGAUGAGAUCUGUAUGGGGAGAAGACGCGUUGGAGUUUAAGCCAGAGAGAUGGGUUUCAGAGACUGGUGAGUUGAGACAUGAGCCUUCUUCCAAGUUCCUUGUGUUUAACACCGGUCCGAGAACUUGUUCUGGUAAGCAUUUAGCUAUGGUGACAAUGAAGACCACAGUCGUUGAGAUAUUACAACACUAUGACGUUAAGCUUGUCAAAGGACAUAAGAUUAAGCCAAAGGCUCAUCUUAAUCUGCUCAUGAGAUAUGGGCUUAGAGUCACGCUUACUAAGAGAUGUUCGGCUUGAAAUGUUAAUUAAUGUUAUUGAGUUGUUCCAAUAAUCUAUGGGUUAUAUAUAGUAUAAAAGUUAAUAAGGUAAGUUUAAUGUACUUGCUCUUUGGAAGCUUGUUGUGAUUUGAUGAGACUUGUUUCUUCUUUCUUUUUAUGUACUAAUGGUUUGUCUACGCUAUGCGUGAAAUAUUGUUCGACAUUUGAAGUUAUUAAGUUUUGUUUUUUGUUGAUUUGUUGUAUAAUUU